AUGAGUGGCACAGAGAAAAGGAAAUUGCUCAUUAUUGGAAAGUCACAAAAACCAAGAUAUUUUACAAGUGUCAAAUCAUUACCUGUCGAUUAUGCUAACAAUUGUAAAGCUUGGAUGACGUCAGAACUUUUUGAAAAAUGGCUUCGUGAUUAUGAUCGUGAUUUGGUGAAGAAGAAGAAAAAGAUUCUAUUGCUGGUUGAUAAUUGCCCAGCGCAUCCAAAUGUUCCUGAUUUAAAGUCUAUAACACUUGCUUUCCUUCCGCCGAAUACAACAUCAGUAGGAUUCAUUGAAAGCCACGACGGUUUACCUAUUCAAAUAUCAGAACAUGAAUUCUAUGAAGAAGAUGACAUUCCUUUAUCUUUGUGGUCACGAAACCUAAAUUCAGAUUCUUUAGCAGCACCGGAAAUGUGGGAAGAUUAUGUUGACGUCGAUAGCGCUCUACUCACAUCCGAAGAACCCACCGAUGAAAAUAUCGUACAGAGCAUUAGUGCUAAGAAACAACUCGAAAGUGAUGGGGAAGAGGAAGUCGAGGAAGAACCAUUACCUACCGCAGAAGAGGCAUUAAAUGCUGCAGAAUUAUUAUCACGAUUUGUUCACAGCAAUAUUGAAAAUGAUAAUUUGACCAUAGCUAUGUCUUUUAUACACAAUA